CCCCAAACAAAAAAAUCUAAAGGGAAAUACACUAAGGCAUCAUGGCGAUGAAACCUGCACCGAACAAGUUGGCUCGACAUGUGUCCAACCUUUUGAAGGGAGGAUUGCUGAAAGAAGCUCCGGUCUGGUUGCCGGUCAUGCAAACCAUUCCUCCUGGACCUUCUAUUAUUCGUUCGCAGAGCCCCAAAGUCGAUGUGUUCACGUCGACCGCUUCUUCUUCCACCGACCAUGCCGCCCACGAAUCCUUCCGUUCCACUCGUCACAAGCAAAAACAUUUGCGUUCUCGUCCUCCGAAACCUCAAGCCAUCGUGUAUCCCGAAGAUAGAUUGAGACGUCAGUUCUUUAAAGACCAUCCCUACGAACUGGCACGACCCAAAGUCUUGGUCGAAAACGAAUCAGGCAUCAACCGAACUGAUUUCAGUCAAUUAAUGUUGCCCGGCAUGCAUCCCUCCGAAGUGGAUGGUGAAGCUGUGAUCAAGUACCAACUUCACCUCAUGACACACGAACAGAUGCCCGAGAGAAAAGCGUAUGCGCAAGCAUGCAGUGAAUUCUACGACAUUCGUGCUCAACAGGAAGAGGAAGAAAGACAGUUACGAGAAAAGAUGAGCACCGCACUCCGAAGCUUGAACAACAGAAAAUGGUCCAAGCAUGCUUUGUUUGUCGAAGAACAGGCUUUAAGGAACGGUCAACAGUUGAUCUAAAGAAAAAACAACCAUAGAGAAAGCGAAAAUAAAUCAACCUCAUUGAUAUGUAUAGUCUGUCGAUUGAUCUUGUAUGUGGGCAUGAAAAAAAAAAGUAAAAAAUAGACACUCGAUGUCAACAUCAUAUAAAAAUAAGAGUUUAAGCG